UGGACAUGGCCUGGAGAUACGCCGACCCGAGCAGUCCCAGCUAUCUCCAUGACAACGAUGAUGAAACCUGCAACAGAGACCCUAGUGCCACCUCAGUGACCUUGACACUGAAAGAGAGUGUGCCUGCCUCGUGGUUUCGCAUUGCCGCCAGAGAUGAAAGCAACAUGCUGAGGUUCACCCUAGCCAUUGACGGUCUCUACCCCUGUGCGUUCGAGAAGCGCUACAUGGUCAGCACGUUCCUGGUGGAGGUCGUCUGUUACCUGGGCUUCUUGAUCCGCGAUCUGACCAUCAAAGGAGACAUCGUAGCUAGUAUUUGUUCCGUUUACAUCAGCGGAGGUCGCAACAUGGCCCUGAAACAGUUCGUGAAUCAGUCGAGCACAUACGACACGCUUAGCGAGGCUGCCAACGCUGUAGACGGGAGCGCAGCCAACGACUCGGCCUCUGGCUCCUGUGCCCGCACCAACACUGGUCUCCGGCAGACGUUUACUGUCUAUUUUGAUCGACCCAUGAUGCUUCUGAGAGCUCUCCUGCACAACUCAG